CCCUCCGGGUCCGCCCCAGCCCCGCCCCUAGGCGCGUUUGCGGAAGAACUGAAGUCGAGCGAGGCCUGGCAGCCUGCCUGGGGCGGAGGGCUUGUUCGGGGUCGCUAGUCUCCGCAUGACUUUGCUUUACUCUUAAGUCAUAGACUUGCACUCGUAAGACGGCUUUGAUAGGGUCCACACGAACAUGUAAAAGAUCCUCAAAGUAGCAUAUUGUCUAUUGUUUUGAAACACUAUGUAGCCUUGGGUGGUCUGGAACUUGCUAUGUAGACCAACCUGGUCACGAACUCACAGAGAUGCGGCCGGCUUGGCCUCCUGAGCAGAUUUUUAUUACAGAAAUAUUUUCUUCAAACGCGUUCUCUCUCUCUCUCUCUCUCUCUCUCUCUCUCUCUCUCUUUCAGAGUGAGCCUCCUCACAGGCUUGGUAUCUUCAUAAUAUCACAGGAGUCUUCUUUGUUUUUAGCCCCUCCCCACUUUUAUGUUGUGUUCGUGUGUGGAGGUGUGUAGAGCUCAGAGAACAACUUGUAGGGGUGUGUUCUCUCCUUCCACCGUGUGGGUCCUGGUGAUAGAACUUAGGUCAGGUCACUGGGCCUGGUGAAAAUCGUCUUUACUGCUGAACCAUCUUAAAAACCCCACAGGAGUCUUGAUGGAAUGGACAAAAGCAAAGAGUCUUGAUGGUGCCCUCCGGAGAUGAAAAUCUUUUAAUGUCUUGUCACCCAAGAUGAAAUCUAAAUGCCUUUAAGUUGGGUCCUACCCUUUGUUCCAGAUUCAUCAAUAGCCACCCACCUCCCACACCAUAAGCUUCCUGGGCAAGUCAGGCUCACUGAUAGAUACCUCAGAGGUUCCUGUAAACGUUUCCGCUUUUCUUGAUGCUGGUUUCCCACAUUUGCAGUUUGGCAGUCUUUACUCAUUCCUCAAACUUCAAGUCAUUUCCCCUAAGAGUCUCUGUCCUUCUGACAGGUGCCUCGCCUCUUUUAUACCCUUCAACUAUACCCUUACAUACUAUACUAGUGUGAGGGCAGCAUCUACUUGUUUGCAUGUCCUUGCUGUUAGGAGUUUCUCGGGACCAAGGCCAUGUUUCUUCAAUGGUGCCAUCAGGCAUAGCAUUUAGUAUGGUGAGAGGCAGACUGAGAUAGGAUUCCUAAACUUACUAGCUGAGUGACAUUGGGCAUGUUACCCCUCUGUACAUUUACUGUAUGUUCCAGUAAAUGUAAAUUGGUGCUAAUGAUACCCUCUGAACAGAAUUUUGCAAAGACUAAAUAGCAAAAACUCUUGUGAGACAGCCCCCACCCCAGCAUAUGCUGGUAUGCAAGAUGGACCUUAUAGCUAUAUAAUGUCCCUCUUACUAAGCAGAACUAAACAAGGGAGCUAUUAUGUUAACUAGGUACUGGGCUCGUUUUCCUAGUAUGAGUCCUAACUGUUGCCCUAAAUGUUGGAAAUUGCCCCAAAUAGUUUGAUGCGUCUUUCAUCGUUUUUUUUUUUUUGGGGGGGGGGCAAAUGCAGUGUGACGUCGCCCCCUGUCGCUCACUGGUGGUAGUUUGAGGGCAAAGUUAGGCAUCUUCUCCAAACAACUGCUCAGGUGAUCUUGACUUCGCUUUGGGUAACUAUACCUACAGGUUACUCUCUCUCCAGGCCACCAGCGAAUACUGGGUGCGGAAGCCCCACCCAUCUCAUGCCCGCCGGGGGCGGGGUCUGUGGCGUUUUGCUGUCGUCACUUCCAGUGGACCCGGAAGCGUUGUUGUCCCAGUUGUUGGGAAAUCGUGAUGGAACCGGUCUUAGUCUGUUGUGGCUCUGUCCAGGGCUGCAAGAACGCUGACGUGGAGCAUCCCACUCCGGAACCCUCAUGGAGAAGUUUGGGAUGAAUUUCGGGGGCGGCCCAAGCAAGAAGGAUCUCUUAGAGACCAUAGAGACACAGAAAAAGCAGCUUCUCCAGUACCAGGCAAGGCUCAAGGAUGUGGUUCGCGCCUAUAAAAGCCUGCUGAAGGAGAAAGAAGCCCUGGAGGCCAGCAUCAAGGUACUGUCGGUAUCCCACGAGGCAGAUGCAGGCCUCUCAGGUGUGCAGCCUCCGGGUCUCACGUUUCCUGAUUCUGUGGAUGACCGGUGCUCCACUCACAGUGAGGAUAGCACCGGAACUGCCACGAGCUUGGAUACCGCAGCCAGUCUUACAAGUGUCAAGGGUGAAUUUGGGGUUGAAGAUGACAGAGUGGCCCGUGGACCACUUCCUCCAAAGUCUGAAGAGGCCAGUGGGUCAGAGAGUGGCGUUAGCAGUAGCAGUGGGGAUGGGCCAUCUGCGGGUAGUGAGAUAGACAAAAGAGUGCAUCAGCUGAAGACUCAAUUGGCCACUUUGACUAGCUCCUUGGCUACAGUCACUCAGGAAAAGUCCCGAAUGGAAGCGUCUUACCUGGCGGAUAAGAAGAAGAUGAAGCAGGACUUAGAAGAUGCCAAUAAAAAGGCAGAGGAAGAGCGGGGCCGCCUGGAGGGAGACUUGAAGGGGCUGCAAGAGCAGAUAGCAGAAACCAAAGCCCGACUUAUUACACAGCAGCACGAUCGCGCCCAGGAGCAGAGUGACCAUGCCUUGAUGCUGCGGGAGCUACAGAAGCUUUUGCAGGAGGAGAGGACCCAACGCCAGGACCUGGAACUUCGGCUAGAAGAGACCAGGGAAGCCUUGGCAGGGCGGGCGUAUGCAGCUGAUCAGCUAGAAGGGUUUGAACUGCAGACCAAGCAGCUGACCCGUGAGGUAGAGGAGCUGAAAGGUGAGCUGCAAGCCAUUCGAGAGGAGAAGAACCGACCAGAUCCCCGGCUGCAGGAGCUUCAGCAGGAGGCUGCCCGUCUUAAAAGCCAUUUCCAGGCCCAGUUGCAGCAAGAAAUGAGGAAGACAGCCCUUGCAGAGGACCAGCUUCGCCAGCAGUCUCAGGUAGAGGAGCAAAGGGUAGCAGCCCUGGAGAACCAGAUCUCUGAGGUGUCUGAACUGCUGGGCACCUAUGAGAAAGCCAAGCAGAAAGACCAGCUGGCCAUCCAGAAGUUGAAGGAUCGAAUUUUACAGUUGGACUUGGAGAACAAGACACUGGCCCUUGCAGCCUCCAGCCGGCCCUCUCUUGACAUCCAUGGAGACGAAUCCAGUCUGGAUAUCAAUGUCUUGAAGGACAAGAUGGAGAAGCUCAAGAGGCUCCUGCAGGUUGCAGCUAGGAAAAGCCAGGUGACCCUGGAUGUAGAGAAGCUCUGUGACCCUGAUAUAAUGGCCAACUCAGAGGCUGCGGAUGGGGAAAAGGCUACUGCGCUUUACUACCAACAGGAGCUGAAGCAGCUGAAGGAAGAGUUUGAGCGGUACAAGAUGAGAGCCCAAGUGGUGCUCAAAAGCAAGAACACCAAAGAUGGGAACCUGGGGAAGGAGCUCGAGGCCGCACAGGAGCAGCUUGCGGAGUUGAAGGACAAGUAUAUCUCCCUGCGUCUGUCCUGUGAGGAGCUUGAAAACCAGCACCAGCAGGAGGCUGAGGACUGGAAGCAGGAGCUGACCCGGCUGCAGCAGCUCCAUCAGCAGGAACUGGAGCGCAGCCAGCUGGACUUCAGGGACCGCACGAUGAAACUGGAGGAGGAGCUACAUAAGCAGCGGGACCGGGCCCUGGCGGUGCUCGCAGAGAAGGACUUGGAGUUGGAGCAGCUUCGUUCUGUGGCCUUAUCCUCGGGGUUGCCAGGACGCAGAAGCCCUGUGGGAGGAGUGGGUGGUGGAGGUCUUGGGGACCCGGAUGACCCAGCUUCCUCGGAUAGCUUGACCCAAGCCUUGCAGCUUGCUGCAGCCAACGAGCCCACCUUCUUCCUUUAUGCUGAGCAGUUGGCCCGAAAGGAGGUGGAGAUCACAUCUCUGAGGAAGCAGAAACACAGGCUGGAGGUAGAGGCCCAUCAGCUGCAGGAGAGGCUGCUGGAGGAGGGCGAGCGGCAUCGAGAGGAGGUUGGAGCCCUUCAGAGCCACAUCGAAAAGAACAUCAGGGACCAGAGCAGGGAGGGAGCCAACCUGGAGUAUCUCAAAAACAUCAUCUACCGCUUCCUGACCUUGCCAGACAGCCUGGGCCGCCAGCAGACCCUCACGGCCAUCCUCACCAUCUUGCACUUCAGUCCUGAGGAGAAACAAGUACUAAUGAGGCUCCCAAGUGGUGGGAGCUGGUGGCCUUCUGGCAAGAGAUGAUAAUUUUUUACCAACUCCCGAAAUCUCCGUGCCUCUUUUAUGUGGGAAGGGCAGGCUCGGAUUUCUACGGCCUCUUCUCUUGCAUUCUUAUUUAUUUCUUCACUGUGUUGAACUCAGAGCCGUUCAAAGUAGAAUGGGAUUAUCUGCCAAGUGCCAUUAAUGCAACUUUAUCCUUGGGCUUUUGGGAAACUGCCAAUGUCGAGACAGCAUUUUGUAGCAGUCUGUGUAUGGAGCAGGUUAGGGAGAAAGGCUGGGUGGGGGUAGGAGAUGCAAGUUAAGGAAGUGGUGAGAGUCUUUAUAAACGAGAUGUUUUCUUAUGCUCCUAGCUCAGAGCUAGGAGUAAAUGUGACUCCCAGGGGAGUUCAUCUGACUUUGGAACAUACACAGUAGCUAUGUGUGUAUUCCUUCUCAGUCAGAAUCUGGUCCACUUUUGUCCUAAUUCUCUGGGGACAUUAAAAUCAAGCUGCAAAGAGACCGGGGAGUUAGAAACAGUAAUGGUUUGUCCAGAGGGCUGUGGAAUCCUGAGUUUAUCCCAGAACUUGGAGCUUUGCUUCCAGGAACCAGGUUACCACUUUGUGCCCUCCCAGGGAGGGUCCCAAGCAGCAGCGUGAUCUUAGCGACUUCCAAAUUGGUCCUAUAUGGGCCAGGGCAGGAUUAAAAAUAAACCUCUCCUGCUUAAGGUUGGCCCGAGAGUGUGAGUGAAUGACUUUAUGGUCUUUCCCUAAACAUUGAGCUUGUGUAAGAAAUGAAAUCUUAGCUUCUUUCAGGGCAUUUGGACAGUAAGCUGGGGCCUGCGUGGGUACAAGGAAUUUCUGCCAAGAUUUAUUCCCAGCUGUGUUUGCUUUUGCAAGAACAGGAAAAAGGAGUUAAUUUGCUGCGGAUUCCAAAACACUGUUAGGACCCUCACAGGAAAAGCAAAGUUCAGCUGAAAUACUUUCUGCCCUGUGAUCCUGGCAAAGGUCAAUUCUAUUCUUUUUUCCUUUGGCUAAUUCUAUUCUUUAAGGAAAGUAGCUCUCAGAAAACUUGGGUCAAAGCUCUAUCAUUGCCCAACUCUUUUCUUCGAUUAGUCUGCUCUUCCUGGUUAUAAAGACCUUUGGACCUGAAAGACCAAUGUUUGGCCAUUUAAUAUAUAUGUAUAUAUAUAUAUAUAUGUAUAUAUAUAUAUGUAUAUAUAUGUAUAUAUAUAUUUGCUAUUUUUAUUAUUGAGAUCUGUUUUGUGAGGGUUUGGGGUGCAGAAGACUUUGAUUAAUGAUGUUUUCGAUGGGAGGAGGUGACCUGAUUAUCUGUGUGAGCAGACUUCCAUGGAACAGAAGUGAUGUCUUUAUGGUAAUAACAAUGGUCAUUAAACCCGAGUGACUUGAGCUGUGUUUCCUUAAUGGUGGUGUCUAUACGUCUGGACACAAGUAGAGUGUGAAAGUAAAUGGUGAAUGAAAAGGCUAGAUAUAUAGUUCUUUAUAUUGAUCUUUGAGCUCGAAUCCAUAUUCCAUUAUGUUAAUCCAUGAGCUUUACUCCAGGGAGGGAUACCUCAGGGCUUUAACUGCCUGACAUAUAACAAAUUUCUUAGGUUGGGAUUGCGUGUGUGCGUGCGUGCGUGCGUGCAUGGUGUGUGUGGUGCGUGUGGUGUGCGUGUGUGUGUGGUGUGUGUGUGUGUGUGUGUGUGUGUGUGUGUGUGUAUGUAUGUGUGUUUAAAGGGUUUAGUGAGUGGGCUUGGUGCUUCCAUAAUUACUGCUUCAUAUUCUAGAAACUAAUCUGUAAGUGCUUCUUUUUCACUAAAAUUGGGAUUCAUGAUACCCUGGAAAGUUAUCUCAGGACAUCAAGCUAAUAAGCUAAUAAUAGACUUCCUUCAUUUCUUUAUCUUGCUCCCUCUAAAUGUCGGAUAUCCUGUGCUUGCUGUUAUUUCUAGGUGGCUCUAGGAAGGACAGAAAGAAGCAUAGCCACAGUCGCUUUUCCAGUAUUUGCUGAGCUUAAAUUUUUUCUUUGUCAUUUUCAUACACUUAUAAAACGAAUUUUACUCAUUCUCACUACAUUGUCAAUUCCUCCUCUCAAGUUCCCUCCCCUCUUCCACUGGAAUUCUUGUCAGCAAGUUCCCCUCAAACAUUCCUGUUUCCUUUUUGUGUGAGGCCCUGGGAGUUUAAUAAAAAGUCGUUUCUCUCUCUCACCUUUAAAUAAAAGUUAAGAACCCUUUGUUUUUACGUGUA